AAAAAAAAUAAAAAAAAUCAACAAAGAAAACCGCAAAAAUGUUCGCGACCAAGGUCCUCCGCCAGGCUGCCGCCCACGCCGAGCGCCAGCCAUUGAUCAGGUUCAUUGGAAAGCGCACCACUCCAGCCUCCAUCGACCACACCCCGCAGCCGCACCCGGCGUCGCCCACCAACCAGACACCCGCCACCUUUGCCCAGAACACGUCGUCCUCCUUUAGCAAGUACCGUGAGCACGCUCAGCAGUUCGGUCCCCUGCGCAAGACCAUCAAGACUGUUGAGGAGGCCGGUGUUGGCGGCCUAUCGGGCAGCGAGCUGGGGCCCGUGCGCCCCAACCAGGCCGGGGUCUUCUUCGACCGCAGCGAGCUGCCGGCCCGCUUCCAGCGCCAGCCCCUGACCGCCGCUGAGAUCGAGGCCAUCGAGACUGGCGGCGCCGCCAUGUUUGCCUGAGCGAAAUUUGCAACUGGCGGGACCAAAUGUGCCCGCCCGGCGUGCGUCACUUACACCGGUGUUUUCUCUGCACUUUUCUUCUUCCUUCUUUCUCUAUCAUUAAUACCAAAAGGACGGCCCGAGCGACCGGGCACGAGAGAGGCGCACCAGGAGAGGCUCCGGGGAAACUCCCCUCCGCUUAAGAACUGUUCAGGUGCAAGUCGCGAUGCGCACACAAGAGGUUGGCCGAGACAAAGCAUGGAUUUUACGUCCUGCCUGCUUCAAUGGAGUGACGACACAGGCGGGAAGCGACGGAAAAGCAUUAUCGAUCAGCAGCCGGCAUCACCAACGACCGAAUGGCACCAACAACACGAGGGAAGGGAAGCUAGCACCGAGCUGCGGCCACAAUGCUCUCCUUAGCUGACAUGAGAAGAUCCGCGGGCGCCUGGCAUGCAAUGGCCCCAUCACAUCUGCCUCUCUCCGACAAGCCGGACCUGUCGCCAAGGUCCGGGCGGUCGUCCCGGAAGGCCGUUGGAGGAGUGCGAGAGUCUGCUCAAGUUGAUCUUUUCUUAGUUGCAUCUGGUUUCCGCACCAGCAUUUCCUAGCUACUAGUAGGUUUGUUAUUUGCAUUGCUCGGACCGCAUGUUUGGAGGCAUGGCUUUGCAUUUUGGCGGCGUGUCGGGGACGGGGACGGAAGCGAGGGGGAGGUGGCUGUCGGAAACCAAUGUUGGGACAGUUGCCACGUACGAUGAGGCGUCGAAAAGCGCCUUAUUGUAUGCAAACUGGCUGCAUAGUACGUGUAAAGAUACCUAUUUUGAAACAAUCAAACAGAUGUCCG